AUGAAGGCCCUUCUAAAUCCAACUGUUGUUUUUCUUCACUUAGGUCGCUACAAGAAAGAGAAAGCAGAACGCGAGAACGCAGAAAAGAAACUUCGCGAUUUGAGAAAUGCCAAGGAAGAUCUGGAAGACAAGCUGAACGAUAUCGCGCGAGUGAUCACGAAGUACGAACAAGACACGAGAGUGCUCCAAAACGAGAACGAUCAACUCCGACGUCAGCUCCAAGACCUUAUGAUGAAUGGAAAUUUCCAGAAGAACAUCUCGGUUGAGUACAAUGUGGGUAAACGACCAAGAAGUGAUUCGAAUAAGUCACUGGAUAAAUAUAAACACGAGAUUGAUGAGCUGCAUAAGGAAAAUGAAGAGUUUAAACAAUUGCUUGAUUCGUUGGAUAACAAAGAUGGCGAGAAAGGUGAUAAAGAUGAUGGCAGGAAUAAUACUGGUAAGAUAUCAGGUUUUAGUUGAUGGUGAUGAUGGUGAUGAUGAUGAUGAUGGUGAUGAUGAUGGUGAUGAUGGUCAUGGUAUUGUUCCUUACUGGAUCUCCAGGGAAAACAGUUUAGAACUGUUAGAGCUAUCAAUAUCCAGUAUCAAUAAAGUUAGUUUAGUUUAGCAUUUCUCCUGUAGUAACACUGGAUUAACACGAGUGGCUCUCUGGACCUCUAGGGAGAACAGUUUAGAACCGAGCAAAACAGUAUAUAAAGAUAAAAAGAACAGAAAAAUAAAAAUAAACAUCUCUUACUCUCGUCUUCUUCGAUGAUGAUGAUAAUAAUGUCACGGUGGUGAUAAUGAUGAUGGUAGUGAUAAUGCUGGUGAAUAUAGUGGUGGUGUGAUACUUGUGAACAUCUUUGUGGUGAUGAUGGUGGUGAUGGUUGUGAUGGUGGUGAUGAUGGUUGUGAUGGUGGUGAUGAUGGUGAUGAUAGUGAUGUCAUGGUGGUGAUAAUGAUGAUGGUAGUGAUUAUGCUGGUGAAUAUAGUGGUGGUGUGAUACUGGCGAACAUCUUUGUGGUGGUGAUGGUGGUGAUGAUGGUGGUGAUGAUGGUUGUGAUGAUGGUUGUGGUUUUGGUGUUGUUGUUGUCUUCGCUGAACCCUUGAAUAAUUGGUAUCGUUUGUCUUUUUUAACAGGAAGAGUCCGUGCCCUGAAAGGCGAGUUAAACAGUCUACAGACAAUUAUUACUGAACUCGAGAAAACCAUCGCAUAUCAAAACAAGACUGCAGAAGAUGCUAAACUACAGUUGGAGGACGAGAAAUGGAGAUUAAGAGAACAUGUACAGAAACUUGAAGAUAAGGUAGGAUAUUUGGGAUUUAUAGAACUUAAACGCAUAUAUAAGGUUUAGAUGUUUUUCAACCAGAUACGAGAAUAUUUCGAGCAAAUAUAAUUUAGAAAUAACUGAACAUGAAAAAUAUCCUUUCUCAAGCUUUCAUUAUAAUCAUUGAUGGCUAAAGUCCUAUACAGAAGCUGAGUGUACUGAUGAAUAAGCCAAAAAUAUAGGAACGUUCGUACAGUCAUUGAACAAUCAAAAUUUUCAAAAUGAAUUGAAGAAUAUCAUCACACUACAGCCUUAUUGAGAUAGCAAGCUUGUUAACAUUUUCUAACAGUGCCGUAAUUUUGUCAAGUUUGCUACUGCUUAAUAACAAGGUGUUGUAGUAAAUCGCAGUACGUACACAAUCUGUAAUAAAUAGUUCAAAUAACUGCAGGCAAGUAAAAAGAGUGCGUCCUUACAUAUUUAGUACAUAAGGUUUUAGUGCUCAGUGUACAAGAAAAAUGUUUAAGUUAAACUGGUUUUGGUCAAGCGGCCUCACCGGUAAAAAUUGUUGAUAAGUUAUGCCUUUCCAUAACUCACUGACAUUAUCUCUCUAUCUAGGUGAGAGAUCAAGUUCGAAUAAUUGAUGAUUACGACCGUAAGAUCACGGAUCUUCGUAACAAGUUCACAGGCGAAUUAAGCAAUCUUGGCGAGAAACUUGUGAAUGAAGUGGACAGGAACAUGAAACUUGAAGAACACAUCAAACAACUACAGAAACACUUGGCUGACUUGGACGGUGCCAGAAGAGAGAUUCUGACGAAGUAUGAUGCUGUGUCGAUUAAUGAACAGGAAUUUAUACGCGAUAUGGAAGAUUUAGAAGAUCGUUACAAGGUGUGUUGUCUUGCUUUCUGUACAUCAAAAUAUACUAUAGUCUUAAGGUUUGUUUUCUCUAUCAAACAUUUCAAUUUUGAAAGGAACUUAUUUUUAGAUUUUAUGAUGUACAUGGUUCUUAAUAUGCUUUUAACAUUUUAAUAUUCGUAAUAACUUAUAAUAGAUAAUCGCUUUUUAUAUUGUAAAUUUCAAGACGUAAUAUUGUAAUUUAAGGAGGUUGAAUAAAUCUAUUACUACUACUACGACAACAUAAGCGAGUCGUGUGCUUGAUUUACACAGUACAACUCAUUACUCAAGUUGUAAGCAGGUUGCUUGCAACUGUUGUAAGCAGUUGUAAGCAGUUGUUGACAGUUAUGGGAAAAGUUGUGUAAUGUAAAUCUGCCUGAUAGCGACAUGCAAUUACUGAACUGACUGCAUUAACAUGCAUCAUUGAAGUAUAUUUUUCUUUUGAUUCUUUGAUAUAUUAUGAAUCCGACGACACUGAUUUUAGUCAUUUUGACAAAUUAUUAACCAUUGAUUAUUUCAGGUUGACAUCACAGAGCUACAAAACCGUCUGAAUCAGGAAAUGAACGACAAGUCCAACCUGAAUCAUGACAUCCAACACCUCCUUGACGAGCUCGAUAACCUGCGAGCCCGCGAGAACGCCAUUGAAACUCAAUUCAUCAGAGAACGUGAUGAAAUCAAGGGUCAUUAUGAGUUUGAAAAGAUCGACCUGCUUCGUCAGUAUCACGAUGAAAACGGUCGCAUCAAGGCACAGCUGGAUGAAGAAAAGAGACGACGUAAACAACUCGAAGAUGAGAUUGACAUUUUGAAAACAAAACUAGCUGCUCAAGGCGUUAACACUAAUGUGGGCAGUGGUAAUGGAGGUAAGGGUUUGUCGGUGGUGUCCUCUUGUGUCGCUCUUUACCCCUAACCCAUAAAACAUCAUUUAUAACCAAGUCUUUAUUCAUUACAUCGUUGAUAGUACAAUCGAAUUAAAUGGCACUCGUGAUAUUAGUAGUCUUCAAAUGACCUUUAUUGAACAGUCACUUCGAUUAAGCGGACGCAGUCGCCUCUCAAACAAUCCCAACCUUAAUCUUUCAUUGUUUUGUUAAUGUAUAAAAAACAGCUAACAACUACCACACAGUGACUAAACUUACAGGUAGCUCAACUGUCUAUAAUAGUCUCAUUACCUGCAUAUCUGUUGCUGAAUCCCAAGUGUACUUUUCCGCCAGAACUCAAAGUAGACCUUCAUGUAUUUCGCCUAGUUUAUAUUAUCAAAGGAAUUUUGCAUCGAUAAAAUAUAAGUUUAAAGGAUUUGUAAGAAAUGUUUGAGGAAACUGACUUAAUGUUGAACACCAAGCCAGUUCCCUCAAACAUUUCUUACAAAUCCUUUAAACUUAUAUUUUACCCAUGCAAAAUUUCUACUUUGGCCACACAAUCGUUGAUGGGGAAAACUAGGCUUUGGUCCUGUGUUGGUCAUAGUGUAAUUAAUUGUCACUUUCGAAAUCUCCAAGAAGCUGUUCAGUUCAGCGUUUUUAAGAUCAGCCUGUGUUAUCCCAUAUGUUGUUAUUAGUUCUUGUAUGUCCAUGACUAACAUAUAUUAUCCUCUCCCACAGGCCGUGGUGACGUGAACGUCUCCCUUGGCGACGACAACAGACGUCGUGACUUUCUCGAGGAGGAAAACAAAAAAUUACUCUAUGAAAUCAACCAAUUGCUCUCCAAGAAGGAUGGCGGCGAUCAUUCACGAGACACCGGCGGCCGUUCGUCGGAUAGUUCCGAUGAUGUCAUGAGACUGAAGCGAAAACUUACGCUUGCCGAGGAAGACAGGGAUAAGUUUGAACGAAUGAAGAAAGAACUUGAGUAUGAAAUGGACAGAUAUAAGUCCAAGUGUGACACUCUACAGACUGAAAUCGAAAGGUAGGCGCGAUUUAACAUACAGGAAAAUACCAUACCAUACUAUUCCAUACCAUAUCAUACCAUACUAUUCCAUACCAUACCAUACCAUAUCAUUACCAUACCAUACCAUACCAUACCAUACUAAUACCAUACUAAUACCAUGAUGACAUUCCAGUCGCAUUCUACCAUAUUAAUCGAAGCUUAUAUGUACCUCACAGACACAAUAUAUCCACCAUUACCAAGAGUCAAUCUUUGUUUAAACCUUCCAAAACAAAAGUUCAAACUUUCUCUCCAGAUUCCGUGAAAUGGAACGCAAAAACCGAGAUCUGACCGACGAAGUCCGAUCAUUGAAGUCGAUCAACGAAGAACUGAACCGAAAACAACGCGAUCUUCAGUCGGAAAACGACAAUCUGAACCGCACGUGCCAGGAGAAUGAUCGAGAAAACCAAAAACUUCAGAUGGAAAUUGAACACUUGAAAAUGCAAUUGAAGGUAGGACCUCUCGAGAUAUAGUUCUAGCUUUUAGCCAGAAGGGCGCCCAGGUGUGAUAGGACACUCCAGGCGUCAUGUUACGCCCAAAAUUCGGCUACGGAGAGUGGGACGGUCUAGGAAGUGUUACAGUCAUCCAAUUUUACUAGUGUAUAUUGAUUAGAUAGCAACAGAACUGAGCUCUGGAACUAAAUUAUAAUGUAUGUAUAUAUUCAUUACUUUCAUUCUUCAACAAGACAACCUCAAGAUUUAAGUGACUAAAUCAGUCUCACGAAACAGUACGUCGUUUUCGAAAAUAACCAGGCUAUAAAGUAGACCAGGUUGAGAAAAAAUAACCUUGUUUGAAAGCUUACGCCUAUAUUCUAAAAGCUCACUCAUACUCACACCCAAAGAGUGAAGGUUCAAUCUGAGCUUCUCUUAUGUGUCAUUGCUGUUUUUCAACAGCUGAAGGGUUAGUGUCGUACCUUACUAUGUGACUACUCACCAUCCAGCUAUUUAAAAACAGCAUUGACACUCAAGGGAAGCUCAGAUUGAACCUCCACUCAUUGAGUGUGAGUGAGCUUUUACAAUACAGGCGUUAGAGUGGGGAGGAAGAAGAGCAGAAUUGAUAUUUCAAGGACUAAACAAAGUAAUCGGCAGCGAACCUCGUGGCACCCACCAGAGCUCUGGCGCCUGCCGUCUUAAUUUGAAAGCCGUGGAUGAGUUUACCAUUAUUAUUUAGAAGUCUGGAGACAGUCGUGGUUCGACCAAUAUCCGAGACGAGACGACACACACUCAUUCUCGUGGUCGAAGCGAAGAAAUGAUUAAAAUCAAAUACGAAUUUGAAAACAAACUUAAAGAUCAGGUGGAUGCCAACAGACAACUGGAGAAGAACAUCCGUGAUCUGCAACGUGAGAUGGACGGGAUGCACGACAGCCGUUCCUUGAUGCAAUCCAACUUCAACCAACAGAAAGAUUUCCUCAUGCAGCAGAUGUCUGCUGGCUCUGUGCGAGGCGACGUCGAGCGCGAGACCAGCCGACAAAACGACGAAUGGAAACGACGCAUUGAGGAGUCGGAACGACGGUUCAAGAGCGAGUUUGACCGCUUGGAAAACGAGAAGAAAGAUCAGUGUGGCCGUUUGAAGAGGGAGAAAGAUCAAAUGGCAGAAAGGUAUAAAUUGAUGUAACGUUGUUUUAAAAUCAUCUCUCUUGGAGUUUGUUUUGCUAAUUUUGUAAACCAAUACAAAGUACCUAUUUACAACACGAACAGCCAUGUUGUAUUGGAUUGAAACGUCUUCAUGAGAACAUUCGUGUUCUUCAACAAUUUAAAAUAAAUUAAUGAUAUUUGGUGAGAAAAUUGAACUUAAAUUUUAUGUGAAUCAGCAUGAUUCUGUAUCAGAUAUACAAACUCCUUCACGCUCAUGAUUUCUUUUGUGUUUUCUUCUUGAAUUAUUGACAAAUUUCGCAAUUUACUUUAUGUUCCGUCAUGCAGAACACAUCUCCGAUAAUUUUCUGUUAAGCACUAAGGAACUUUGUUUUUCGAUACACUGAGCUCAGACAUCCGUAAUUUCUAUUCUCAAUAUAUUUUUUGUCAAGCAUAGCACACUAGCCUUCCAAAUUAUUUGACCGAGAAGAUUGAUAAUUUAUCCUCAUUGAAAAUACUGGAUGCAGUAGUCUUGUACACAAUCACCAACAACUUUGUAUAAUUUUUUGAGGGUGCUGAAACUAAUACUAAAAUGUGUCAUCUUGUCCCCAACUCACAGCUGGAGGAGAAUAGUCUACGUCUUUGAAAUAGAAACGAUGUUACUUUUACAAAUGUAACACGGAACGUUUUAGAAAUAGUAUUUUUCCGCUUAUGACUAAACUAAAUAAUCAAUUUUAAUUUUAAUUGUAAAUAUAAAGUAAUUAAUCAUUUAAUAAAUUCAAAUCCAAAAAUCGCAUGUUGAUUCAAAUAGGUUAAAUCAAGAGCGAGAAGAAAUGCGACGAAAGAUCUUCGAUAUUGAAGAACAGAUGAGACGCAAGGAGUCGACAUGGCAGUCAUCAAGUCCUGCCCCAGUCCACACCUCGCCAUACCCGUCCCCAGCCUCUCAUGGUCGUGAUGAUAUGCAGGGCAUACUCCGAGAGAAAGAUUCCUACAUUGAACAGCUCAAGACGGAGAAAUAUGAAUCUGUGAGGAACUUCGAACGAGAGAAGAACAGGUUAUUAGUAUACUGUGUAUAUUAUAGUCUGGUAAAUAUUACAGGGUCGUAGAUGGUGGACAAUUUCAGCACUGCUGGGACUUUACAUAAGGAUACCAUUCAGUUGUCACACAUGUUCUUUACUACUUCUGUGACAUGAGUUUGAUAACUUCUUGUGCAAUUUCCUGCAGUCUAAAUUUUUAUAUUGUCUGCACAUCUACUUUCUUUGGAGACACCAUUUGCCUCCUGACAAAUCGGGAAAUGAUCAAAAUAGUGACUCUGAUUGACUUACAUAUUGUAUUGAGAUAUGACUGUUGACAUUGCUUUUUAGUCUUCAAUAUUUGAGUGAGUCAUGCUUUGGAAAUGACAAUACAUUUUUAUCACCCAACCCUUGAGUAGUUUUGUUUUUCAUUUACCCAACCUUUCACUCACUCAAAAUUUUGUUUACCCAACCCUUUUCUCUUCGGUCCCACCCCCCACCAGAAAUAAUGACCCGUCCCUAAUCGACAUAAAUAAAUUUUUAUCUUGAUUAUUCUAGAAUGGCGAUGGACUUCGACAUGGAACGAAACAAAGCGAAGAAGACGGCGGACGAGCUCGAGGAUGCUUUGAGAACAUUGAAAAAGCAAAAAGCCGAACUCGAGGAGAAGGUAACGGUAACAACGGUGAGGAAUAUUAUUGCAUUAGUCGACUCCUCAGGUAAUAGCAGGAUUGUGCUGCAAUUUUGAAGAUGCAAGAUUAUUGGCAUAUUGCCGAUUUACCCUCCCUCCCCCCACCCGUUUCAAUGUUGGCGUCUUGCAACCAGAUAUCAGAUAUUUGUCGGCCCAACAUUGAACUGGGGGUUUCACGUUAAACAGAACUCGUUUAUUUGGGAUCGUUGUAAUUUUUGCAACGUCACAUUGGUACGAAAGACAAAUAUUAUGUUAUUUCAAAAUGUACUUUUGUGAAGUAUGGAACCUAGUAACUAUCUCAAUAUAUCCUCUUAAAACUGAUAAAAAAUGUUUGUUUUUUUCAUUCUUGGUCACGCAUAUAAACUUCAAUUAUUCGUUUGGUAGAGCAAUGAGCACACUGAGUUUAUUUUUGAAUUAAAAAUCACCGCUUACAACAGCGCGUGUGUGGUUUGAAUAGAGCUUCGAAUUGGCUAUGAGUUUCCCUCGUGACUUUUAAAACACUUGCAACACUUGCGUCGAACGUUGCACAAAAAAUCACGCUAUUGCUUAUUUUGCACUGAUGCACUGAAUUUUCCCUUACUGCACUUUAUGUCAGCUUUUUGUACUGUGUUGUUGCAUAAAACUGCAUUGGUUUUAUGGAGAGUGAUGUUUCCUGUGUUGUGUUGUGUUGUUUUGUUUUGUUUUGUUUUGUUUUGUUAUUUUGUCUCCCUGUUCUCCGUAAUAUAAGUGAGUUUGGCAACCAACAAUGGCGAUGGCAGAAAAUAAAAUUACUUAUACUUUUGUAUUCGAGCCAAAACAUGCAUUACUAAACUUUUGAAAUCACUUGUCUUUCUUUUAAGCAACCCUGAAAUUCCCUGAAGUAGCAAUAGUAAGUGAAUUCACAUAAAACACCCCAUGGCGUGGUAAUGAGCCGUGAAAAUUGUGUAAAUAACGUAGCAGUUUGAACAACUGCGCUACUAGAAUGCUCAAGGGAAUGCAAAUUAUAGUCACCUUUGUCUUAGAGUGAAGCUGCUAUUGUUGAUGAACACCAAGUUGAUUUGCCAAACUUUCUAUAGAUUUGCACAAAGUGAGAGGACUAAAGAAAUUUUUGUCAGAGUUAACGAGCAAUGUUUUUUUGACUCCGAAUCUGUUCCAAGCUAACGUUAACUCUUCACAAAACGUUUCGGAAGUUCUCGAAGAGUUUAUGCGUCUUCAUCUAACUCUUCCUAUUUUUCACCUUCCCAGGUCCGAGACAUGGAAAUGAAACACACGCGCGAGAAAGACCGUCUUGAGGUUGAAUUCAACGAAGAAAAACGUCAGCUAAAGAAGAGCUUGGACAGAGACCUGGAAUCAAGACGGGACGACAUGAAGCGUGAAUGUGAGAUGAAGUAUAAUAAGGUUAUCAACGAUCUGGAGCGAGAGAAGGCGAGGUUACUUGGCCGUCUCGAGAGAGAACGUGGAGGAGAGGUAAGAAUGAAGGAUUGUUUUUAAAACGAGGAUUUUAUAUCUAGGUUGAUUUUAGGGUUGGUUGGUGCAUGUAUCCUCCUCCUCUGUGUAAUAUGCAGUUGUAUGAUUUUCAUUUGCCUCAAUCUGAUGUCAGAACGGUGCUUCCAGUUUGACUAUACCAACCACCACAGGUUUUCUCCAGAUGCUCCGGUUUUCUCCUGUGGUAACACUGGACGAAUAAAAGAUGACUCUUACUGGACCUCUAGGAAGAGCAGUUUAGAAAUGAUAGAGAUAUCCAGUAUAAAUAAUUAUGUUAGUUAGUUUAGGUUUCCUUCUGUGGUAAGAUGAUCCUUACUGAACCUCUAUGGAGAACAGUUUAGAACUGAUAGAGCUAUCCAGUAUAAAUAAAGUUAGUUUAGUUUAGGUUUUCUCCUGUGGUAACACUGGAUCAAUAAGAGAUGAUUCUUACUGGUCCUCUAGGAAGAACAGUUUAGAACUGAUAGAGCUAUCCAGUAUAAAUAAAGUUAGUUUAGUUUAGGUUUCCUCCUGUAGUAACACUGGAUCAAUAAGAGGUGAUCCUUACUGGACCUCUAGGAAGAACAGUUUAGAAAUGAUAGAGAUAUCCAGUAUAAAUAAUUAUGUUAGUUAGUUUAGGUUUCCUUCUGUGGUAAGAUGAUCCUUACUGAACCUCUAUGGAGAACAGUUUAGAACUGAUAGAGCUAUCCAGUAUAAAUAAAGUUAGUUUAGUUCAAGAAUCCUCAUGUAGUAACACUGGAUCAACAAGAGAUGAUCCUUACUGGACCUCUAGGGAGAACAGUUUAGAACUGAUAGAGCUAUCCAGUAUAAAUAAAGUUAGUUUAGUUUAGGUUUCCUCCUGUAGUAACACUGGAUCAAUAAGAGAUGAUCCUUACUGGACCUCUAUGAAGAACAGUUUAGAACUGAUAGAGCUAUCCAAUAUAAAGUUAAUUUAGUUAAGAUUUCCUGAUGCAGUAACACUGGAUCAGUAAGAGAUGAUACUUACUGGACCUCUGGGUAGAAAAGUCUAGAACUGAUAGAGCCAUAUAGUAUAUUUUCCUGUAGUAACACUGCACUAUCAAAGGUUGUCCCUUAACGGACCUAUUGGGAGAACAGUUUAGAAAAUCUCUUUUUUUGUGUGUUUUAUUUUAGGUAAACACAUUCGGCAGUCAUAUCAACCAGUCGAGCACAACCUUCGAGGAAUCAAACACGUCACUCGUUCCCUCGAAAUACGAGGCUGAGAACCGCGAGCUACAACGGCGUUUGAAGGAGCAAGCACAGAACUUCGAACUGGAAAAACAGGAAUUACUGAAACGAUGCGAACAGGAAAAACGAGUUAUCGAAGCCCGACUCGUCCACGAAAAGAAAGUGCUGGAGAUUUCAGUUCAAGCCAUGACGCGAGAGAUCGCGAAACUCAAACACGAACGAAACGAAAUCCGCAAAAACUACAAGGCUGAGAUCGACAAACUUCGCGCACAAUUCGAACACGGUGGAUUCGUCGCCAUGCACGCGAGCAGCAACACGAACAACACACGUGAAGUUCACACGAGUCACACGAGCAGUCAUACAAAUGUCUCAGUGAUGUCUCUCGAAGAACGACACACGUUUGAGAAGACUAUUGAUGAGUUGAAAGAAAAGGUCAGUGCUUCACAGCCCAUGGAAUAUGUAAGAUCAGACCAUUAGGAAUAAGAGGGCCUAUAGUUGCAUUUUUCACAACUGCACCUGGUUAGGUCUACUAAAUGUACCGGUACAAAAUUCACACUCAAAUUUCCAUCUACAAAAUCCUUCUGUAAGAGAUCAAUACCACCUGACCUGAAACUUAUCUAAAACUGUUAGUGCUGUGGUGUUAAUAUGCUUGCAAAGUCCAGAUCAAUCGAGGAUGAGAGUUGGCAAACGGGGGUUUGCAUGAGAGUUGAGAAGCGAUAAUUUGCAUGAGAGUUGAUGAGAGUUGAGAAGCGAGAGUUUGCAUGAGAGUUGAUGAGAGUUGAGAAGCGAGAGUUUGGGUGAGAGUUUUCUCAACUCUCAUGCCCCGGUCAAACGAGAACGGGAAUUGCAUGGGAGUUCAUGAUGAGAGUUGACUGGAUAUAACUGUACGCGUAGCAAAAACUCUCAUCAAAAUUUGCACCAACUCAAAGUUCAUGAGAGUGUUUAAACGCUAUCCAGAGUUCACGAGAGAGCAACUCCCAUCAUAUUUGACCAGAUCUUCUAGGUUUUAGGAUCUUAUGUCAGACGUAUAGUACAUAUCAACACGCUGCUGAAAAAGUAGUGGUGUAGGCCGUCUGUCUAAAUAUUUUAUAUUAUUAUUAAAAGGUUCGUGACCAUGAGACUACGGCGCAGAAGCUGGAGCGAAAUCACACCGAGGAAAUACGAUACAUGGUGAAAAACUUUGAAAAUGAGAAAGCAGAUUUGGAGAAUUCGUGGAUGUUGGAGAAAGGACGAAUUCAAGCGGGCAUCGAUGCUGAUUAUGAACAGAAAUUGACUAGUGAGAAAAAGAAGUAAGUUGAUAUGUUGAGAAGUUUAUGGUUGUUUGGCACAAUCGUCAGAGGAAGCGCCCUUUACCUCUGAGAUCGUGGGUUCGAUUCUCGCUACGUACUCAUGUAAAACGAGUAAGUCAACGCUCUGCCGAAAGUCAUGGGUUUUCUCCUGGUGCUCCGGUUUCCUCCCACAGGGAAAGUUGACAGGGUGGGUUAGGACAAAUGCAGUUAAGAAAGUAAUAUGACAAUUGUUGUAAAGAUGAAAUAGUCUAAGUGUGUAAUUAGAUAAAGCUAUUCAGUAUAAAUAAAUUUAGUUCAAUUUAAGUUUUCUCUUGUAGUAACACUGGAUGAAUAAGAAAUGAUCCUUACUGGACCUCUAGGCAGAACAGUUUAGAACUGAUAAAGUUAUCCAGUAUCAAUAAAGUUAGUUUAGUUUAGGUUUCCUCCUGUAGUAACACUGGAUCAAUAAGAGACGAUCUUUACUGGACCUUUAGGGAGAACAGUUUAGAACUGAUAGAGUUAUCCAGUAUAAAUAAAGUUCGUUUAGCUCACUUACGAUUCUGUAUUUUUAGAUUUGAAGUAACAAUGACAGCAUUACGCCGUGAAGUGAACUGUCUACAAGACCAAAGACGCCUGCUUCAAAUGAAGAUCACCAGUAACUCCGCCUUCGUUGGCGACAAGGAUGCUUUCGACCGCAGCAUCAGCGACUACAAGCGAGAUGUCUUGGAAAAAUUACAACGAGAAUAUGGGGAGAGAAUUGAACGGGAAAGGCGGCCUCUGGAAGACACGAUUAAAGAAUUAAGACGAGAAGUUGACGACCUCCGACGAGAACGCAACGAGAUUCGCUCCAGUUUCCGACAAGAGAAGGUAUUAUAUAACACGUAUUUCGGUAUAACACAUUCAUAUACUCAUUUUGUUUGAGACAUCCUUCGCACUUAAGCUAUUCACAAUUCACCCCCUACCUUUGGUACACUAGCAAGCAAGGAAAGAUGGUUAACAAGCGAACUUUACCUUUCUACAUUACUAAAAGUUUCGAAUCUUAUCUUCGUAGGUGAAGCUACAAGAGGAAUUUGACCGCGAGCGUGACAGACUGGUACGAGAGAGACACGAGAUCAAGAUUUCUGCUGGUGGUGUUGUUGGUAUGGGAGGGGUGGCUGGCGUAUUUGGCGUUGGCGGUGUUGGCGGUCUUGGAGGUGUUGGAGGAAGAGUGGGACCUAAUGACGAUGAUAAGGUAAGUUUGAAAUCAGCAGAAUAUGAAAUUACAUGAGAAUACUCCACUGAACUCAAGCGAAACUGGAACGCUACCAGCGAGAUUAAAUUUCGAAACCAGAUUAUUAUUUGAAGAAACUAAUUUACGAAUGAAGGAAAAUGAAUCGUUAAUAUUGUUAAAGAGAAACAAAAAAGUUAGCUGCUGUAAAAAGAGAUUUGAUAGCUAAUAGAAUAGGUUUAAAUGAAAUUGGUUUGUGAAUUUUUUGCAAUCCAAAAACCUAUACAGUAUGCCAGAUUUAUCAAGCAGAAAAUAUAAAUAUGAGGAAAUUUAAAAUAAGCACAUGGAAUACCUACUUUUGUAUAGAAUUUAUAAAGUAAUACUGCUAAAUGUAGAUGUCAGUUUUCGCACAAUUUUAUUUCAUAUAAUGAUGAAAAAUAGGAUAGAAAAUAAUCUUAAUAAAUGAAGCAAUUAAAUAUAUAAUUAUUAAUGAAUGAACGAAAGAACGCAAUAAUAAAGUUUGUAGUCGCACUUUAGAAUAACAUCACUGAGUUAUCGUUUCUUGUUUGUAUUCAAAGGCCUAAACGGCUUUUUGCUUUAGUAAUACAACGUAUGCACCUGAACUUUUGUACGUUAAACUGCACGAGAUUUUGUACUAAGUAGUUGAUAAAUGUCUCUUUGCUAAAGUAUCAAAACUGUUCGCAUAAUUGUAUCAUUUUCGACGUUUUGCUCUCUAGGUGCCGAAAGAGAAAGAUGACCCAUUAAGUCAAAUUCAAAAAUCUUUCCAAGAGACAAAUGUGAAGAGAAUUGAAGCUGAGAAUGUUUCCCUAAAAGAGGAAAACACUCGUCUUGUUAAUGAUAAUCGUAGUUUGACUGCAAAAAUGGAAGCUUUAGAAAUACGUAACAAACAUCUGACCUUGGCUGUAAAUAAAAAGGUCAGUGACUUUAACUCAAUGAUGUUACUCAGUCUUAAACAUGGGGUUCAGUGUAGAUAGUACAGUAUAAGCUGUCUUAGUUUGUAUAUGAAUUGCCCGAAAGGUGUACGUAGUAUUCUACAAUAAGCUGUCGUGGUUUGUGUCUGAACUACCUGAAAAAGAUAUCUCAAACGUGUGGGUCCAGUGUAGGUUGUAUUCUGCAAUAAGCUGUCGUGGUUUGUGUCUGAACUACCUGAAAAAGAUAUCUUAAACGUGGUGGUUUAGCGUAGGUAGUAUUCUACAAUAAGCUGCCGUGGUGUGUGUCUGAACUACCUGAAAAAGGACACCACAGAUAUUCCCUGGGUACUCUGGUUUCCUCUGGCAGUACCACUGAACCAAUAUAGGGAAGAUCCUUACUAGACCUCUAGGAAGAACAGUUAAGAACUGAUAGAGCUAUCCAGUAUAAAUAAGUAUACAUUGUUCCUAAUUUAACCGUUUAUCUUCUUUUACAGGACAGACCACGACGAGGUUAUGGCGGCAGUCGAAGUCCAACACGACCGAGCGUCCUUGAUGGUCUGGCACCCAGUGGUGGCUCUCAACCAACCGGAGCGGGCGCAUCACCUGACCGCCGUUACCCAGGGUCUGCAGGCAUUGCUGGUCAGCGAUAUCCAGGAAGCGCGACCUCCCCCCACCAGCGUGGUGGCUAUUCUCCCGGUGGUCGAUACCCGGGCACUGUCGGAGGAGUCUCGACAUCUCCCGUAGCUGGUUCGUAUCCAGGUCGUACAGGACCGUAUGGAGUCGGUUCACCUGACAGAGGACUUACAGGACCACUAGGGACUCGAGGCGGUGGAGCGACCCCAUCGCCGACCGGAAGAAAUUACCCUCUCGUUGGCCCAUAUGGAGGUAAAUAUGAACACCUUUAUCUUAACCAUCAUGUAAAAAAUUGAAUGAUUCUCCAGGUUGUUUACUGUUUACAUAGAAUAUAAUUUUGAAUAGAAAGUAAAAAUGAAACAUACUUGACGGAAUGAACGGUUACUAAAAAAGGUGGUUAUCUUUUUUCGGUUGUGACUUUUCAAACCGCCCAAUAUUCUCCAUUUAAUAACAAUUUCCACAGUUCUCCCAGCUCGAAGUUCGCUUUGUUAUUUUCAGAUAAUUGCACCCCUAUCAAUCCAAAGCUUGCUUAUCCUGCCCUACCUACACUGGCAUAAACCGUUUAAAAUUAUAGGACCAUAUUUUGGUAUCUGAUUUUAUCUAAAUAAUUAUUAUUUCCUUUGAAGGUGCUUCCCCAGGUUCUGGAGUGAUUCCUGGUCAGGCUGGCUCUCCUUCAUCCGGGAUCCCAGGAAGAUCCCCAAGUGGAAGCACACCAUACAACCGACCAUCUGGUGUGACCGGUCGUCCUGGUGGAAAUGCCCCGGGGUCUGGAUACCCAUCGGGUAGAGAUCCCUCCCCUGGAAGUAGACCUGGAUUCCUAUCGGGUAGAGAUCCCUCCCCUGGUAGUAGACCUGGCGGCGGUGUGAUUGGAGUUCCCAGCGGAGCUUUGUCUCCUAGACCCGGAGCCCCGAGUUUUCCAGGGCGCGACCCCUCCCCAGGAGGCUACCCUGGCGGUCGACCAACCCUGAGCACGAUCUACGAUACCUCCCCAACUCGUGGUCCGUCGGAUCGAGGCGUCAAUAAUAUAAGCACCAGGGAUAUAACAGUUCGCAACACGUCGCUUCAUCAUCGUAGUUUGUCCGCAGAGUACCUGCUUGGCCGUGGCACUGACGUGUCUUAUGGCGGCCGAUCACGUCCAAUCGGAUCCAGUUUCCCAGACAGACUCGGUUCAAGUUUUGGUGGUCCCGUGGAAUAUGCUGACGUCACCCGUAUUCGAAGUGCAUACGGCAUCGGUGGGGGACCUUUCGGGUUCGGUGGUGGUAAUCCUGGAUAUGUCGGAGAUGGAGCAUUCAUCCCUGGUGGGUAUGAUGGAUAUAUUGAUGAUACCGGCCUAGGAGUAGAUGGGAAUUAUGGUGGUAAUGGCUGUGCUAUCCAUGGAGGUCCACCCGCAGUCAACGUUGAUCCCCCUCAAGGUGGUGCACAGUGUACUUGUCAACAUCAUGAAUGUGGUGGCGCUCAACAAGCUGGCCGACGACAGACCCAGUGUGGUGGACAGCAGGCUCAGGCUGGUGCUCAGCAGUCACAGUGUGGAGGACUGCAGGCUCAAGCUGGUGAUCAGCAGGCGCAAUGUGGAGGACUGCAGGCUCAAGCCGAUGGACAAGUUCAAGUUUCAGCUGCGCCCACAGGAUGUGCAGUUGGCCAGUCAGCGGCUAGCCAAGGUACGAUUGACCUAACUCAAGUUGGACAAACUACAAUAAUCUCGCCUACCUCCGAAAGUAAAGAGACACACAGCUCAUUGUCAAGUGAUGAUUCCGACAAAGAAGAAUAAAUUAAAGGUUGGCAUUCACUUUAACUCAUUAUUAGAUGAAGUACUUGAAAAGGAUUUCGUAAACAUUAUCCAAUUACAAAGCUUCUGUUUUAUGGUAAUACGAUUACCAUAAAAAACGUCAAUUAACACCACUGAAUUCAAUAGAAGUUAACUUUAAAGAACUAAAAUAACACAAUAAUAUAUGUUCUUUAAAUUGAUAGUAGCAAAACUACAAACUGUUAAAACAAAAUUUAAUCGCACAUAUGUAACUGGCAUUAAUAAUUUUUAAAUUUUAAUAUUACCAAUAGUUUAUAAUUGAAUUACCUAAUGUAUGUUUAAAACUAAUAAAAUUAGUUGUAGAUUUGUUAUUAAUGUAAAACUUUAAAAACUUAAACAUUGUAUUGUAAACGUUUAUACUUAACUAUAAGCAAUAAAAGUUAUUAAACAUAUUUUGCACUGUAUUGCACUGCACUGCACUUAACAGAACACCAAAAAUAUAUUUUGCAAUUCACUCGCACAGCAUGCACUGAAACGCUGCACACAAACGCACAAAAGCACUGUGAAAUGCUUUGGUUUAUGAUUGCCAAAGGCUAUUAAAAAUAGGCGCAAAAUAAUAUAUACUCUUUAAGCAGAAUAACAUUCGUAUUUUUUUGUGUGAAAACAGGGGAUUUUAGAGUAUAUAUUGUUUUGUCGCUUAUUGCUUUAAAUUGUUGUAAAUGACUUUGAAAAUAUUAAAAUAACUUAAAUUAAAC